AUGUCGACCACCGACGGCAUCCUGCACCGCGUGCGCUCCGACAAGGCCCUGUCCUCCGGGCCCUCCUACCACCCUCGCACGUCCGAAUACUUGAGCUCGGGCGGCCUGGCCGCUCUGGACUGGGUCCAGGAGUUGCAAGAAGCCCCCGGCGCCACCACCGUGCUGAGCGUCGGGGCCAUGUCGUCCUCCGGUGGCGACAUCGACCCCGACCACAUGUUCCUGUCCAUGCUGCGCCAGGACCUCAUCCGCGACAUCCACUUCAUCUGGAACGCGGACCGGCGCGAGUUCCACACCAUCAUCGCCCUCGGUCUGGACGUGGCAGGGCACCCGCGCAUCACGCACGGCGGCUUCUCGGCCGCCGUGCUGGACGAGACCACGGGCGGCCUGGUAUUCGAGGGGAAGAAGGACGGCAGCCUGGGCCCCGGCCGCGCCUUCACCGCGCGGCUGGAGGUGGACUACCGCAAGCCCAUGCCCGUGGACACCGAGAUCGUGUGCACCGCGCGCCUGCUGAACACCGAGGGGCGCAAGAUCUGGACCGAGGCGGAGCUGCGGGACAGGCCGGGAGGCACGCUCUACGCCGUGGCCAAGGCCCUCUACGUCACCGUGCGCGCCGAGGCCGAGCCGCGCGGAGAGGAAAGGGCGGCGGAGGACGGAGCGGCGGAGGAGGGCCGGGCGUGA